AUGGCGACGUGCAGACAACUCACUGAGGUGCUCGUGCUGCUAAUGUUGACAGCAGCGGCCGUUGAAGGCAGGUGUAUCAUGACGCAAACAUGUGUGAAUCCCGACAAUGUGCCUGACUACGACGAGUGCAUCCCCGAAGCGCACAAAGAGCCGCAGGAUCCGCAACCGAUGACAGGAGGUAACUGGCCGCGUGCUGUCGGUGGCGGUAAAUGUACUCAUGACACCGACUGUAAUGACAAGGGCCAAUGUCUUGACGGUGGCUGUGUCUGUCGCCAAGACGGCAUGACUGCUGGUUCGUUUUGCGACCAGUUUGCUAUUCAGUGCCCCACGUACAUGGCCAGUGCCUGUUGUUCGUGGCAGCAGAAUGAAGCUAUGGCAGAGAAUUUCAAGCUGCUGGCCAGUGUCUUUGCCAAAAACAGUGUCGGUGGCUGUGACGCCUGUGCUGCAAACCUCAUGGAGCUGUGGUGCGGUCUCGUGUGCUCGCCGGAGCAAGAUGAGUUCAUGCAACUGGCCCAUGCGUGGCCAAGUACGACGUACCGCCCAGAUCCACUGACAGGCAACGAACGAGUCAAAGUGCUGGAGCUCAUUGUGGCACUGGACAAGGACUUUACAUGUGCCGUUUUCGAUUCGUGCAAGAACACGGCAAUGGCGUCAAUGGCUGCGGCCAUGAAGUCGUCGCUUGGGUUUCUCAAUUACCAGAUUGUGCUGAAAUGCUCGAAUUAUUCCGAGAUUGUGACGAGGCGCGAGACGCUGCCGACGCAGGCUCAGUUGUUGGAGUCAAUCGCAUCCGAGUCGGUGGACGACAAGCAGUGUCCUUGUGGGGCAUGCCGUGCGACAUGUGACACACACAAUAGCGGAAAUAGCCACAUUCACGUCGUGGACAACCCGAUUUCCAUGUUCGCUGGCUUUAGUACGAAGCUUGUCACUGCUGUCUAUGGACUGCUCGUGGUGUUCGUAGUCGUCUAUAAAAGGUGGAAACGUCGGUGA